AAAAUGGGACCAGAAGAAACAACAUACAGCAAGAGAACAACAUCCAACCCACACAGUGUCACAGUCCAUACAGAACAGACAUAUGAAACUUGGAAAGCACACAGAUCUCAGGAUCGUGAUGGUUGGUAAAACUGGAGCUGGAAAGAGCGCGACAGGAAACACCAUCCUGGGACGUAAGGCGUUUAAAGAAGAAUUUUCUACUGAAUCUGUGACUGAGAAAUGCCAACAACAUCAGCAGACGGUAGAAGGUCGAAACAUCUCAGUGAUCGACACUCCAGGACUGUGUGACACAUCAAUCAGUGAAGAUCAACUGAAGAAUGAAAUAGUGAAGUGUGUCUACAUGUCUGUUCCUGGUCCUCAUGCGUUUCUGCUGGUCAUGAGACUUGACGACAGAUUCACAAAGGAACAGAAACAAACAAUGAAAUGGAUUCAGGAGAACUUUGGAGAAGAAGCUGCUUGUUACACCAUCGUUCUGUUCACUAGAGGAGAUCAGUUAAAAACACCUAUAGAGGAGUUUCUGACAAAAAACAAGCAAAUUAAUGAGCUAGUUAUAAAGUGUAAAGGCGGUUAUCAUGUGUUCAAUAACACAGAUGAAGAAAAUCGAUCACAGGUCACUGAACUGCUGGAGAAGAUAGAGAGAAUGGUGAAGGAGAACGGAGGAGAGCAUUACACAAAUGAGAUGUACAAGAAAGCUCAGAGGAAAAUAGAGGAAGUAGAGAAGAGGAAGAGAGAGGAAGAGGAGAGACGGAAGUUAGAGGAAGAAGAAAAGAUAAGGGAUGAUGAAAGAAUGAGGCUGUUGACUAAGGCUAAAGGAGUGGCAUUAGUGGGAACAGGAGCGGUAGUGUGUGCAGGAGCAGUAGUUGCUGGAGGAACACUAAGUCCAGCUUUAAUCUCAGGAGCAGCAGUUGCUGGAGGUGCAGUACUGGCCUCUGCUGCUAAAGGAGCCACAGUAUCUGAAGCUUUAAAGGCAGGAGUAGUAGCUGCUGGAAAUGCAGCACUGGCCUCUGUUAAUAGUGGAGCAUCACUACCUGCUGCUUUCAUUGGAAGCAAGAAAUCAUACGAGAAAACAGUCUGUCCAUCCUCUUCCUACUCUCCUCUGCAGUCCCAUGCCUUCUCUAAUCAAGUCCAACAACUCGUCCUCUCUGAAAACCCCUUCUUUGUAGUGCUGGUGCUGAUGCUGAUGAUCCUGCUGGUGCUGGUGCUGCUGGCUCAUCCUCUUCUUGGUCGCACUCUGCUGAACUCGGCCCUGCUGAUUUGUCCAAGUUUGGUUUGCUACCUCUUACUGGAACAUAACCUGCCCUGGACCAGCGAUCAGGAUGAUGAGCGUUUGUGCACCUUGUUCCGGAUCGGGGCCACCUUUAACCACCCUAUCGACCUCCCAGACACCACCGGUCUAGGCUGGAGAGACACCGUCAUCCGGUGUCUGGAGAGCGUCGUGUCCCGAUCUGGAGCACACUCUUGUCCUGUUGAGACAGCCCAUCCAGUGUCUCGUCCUGCCGAGACCAUCCCUUUAGAGGAUCUUCACAUUCUGGAACAGCCCAUUUUCCACAUCCUGCCUGAACCCUUGUCUCCAGCCAAGCCUCACAUCAGUCCUACAGAGCCUUCACCGCUGGUCCCCCUGGUCAGUGGAUCCCCGGCCUCCGCCUCCUACCUCCUCAACCAGGACUCUACCUCGGUCCUUCAUCCCAUCUGCUCCACCUUGGCUAUUACCUCCCUCAGCUCCACCAUGGCCCUUCAGUUCCCUAGUUCCGCCAGGCUCCCUCGUCCCCCCGGAUCCACUUUGGUCAUUCGUCAACCUUCCCUCACCUCUGGACUUCUCUCCUCUGGCUACGCCUCGUACCUUCGUCCCCCCGGCUCUGUUGGACUCCUCACUCCCUUCAGUUCCCCUUUGGUCCUCACUCCCUCUGUCUCCACCGUGCCCUUCUGUGUCCCCGCCUGCACUUCAGUCACCAGAGCCUGCGGUGUCGCCAUGUCCCUUCAGUCCCUCAGCAUUGCCCUGUCCAGUCGGCUCUAUUGCUCCACCCUGGUCUCAACCUCCUGCUGCGUCGCCGUCAGUUAUGCACAUGAUCUGAGGAUUGAGAUGCUGGGAGUCUCUGGAGCUGGAAAGAGUUCAACAGGAAAUGCAAUACUGGGUCGAGAGGCAUUUAAAGAGAGCAGAACCAGAGAGAGUGAGAUACAGAGAGGAAGAGUAGAAGACAGAAACAUCUCCAUCAUCGACACUCCAGGAUUCUUCAACACUGAACUGACUGACGAAGAGAUGAAGAAUGAAAUGAUGAAGAGUCUGUAUCUCUGUUAUCCUGGUCCUCACGUCUUCCUGCUCAUCAUCAACCUGGGAAACUUUGAGGAGGAGCAGAGGAACCUAGUGGAGCAAAUUCAGGAGAACUUUGGAGCUCAAGCUUUAAAGUUCACAAUGAUUCUGUUUAUUGGAAGAGAAAAAAUAACAAUUAGAAAAUGGAAGCUCGUUAUGGAUAGUAGAAAGUUUCAGAACCUCAUCAAACACUGUGGAGGUAAAUAUCAUGAGCUCAACAGUAAACGUGAGAUUAUUCAAACUCACAUCACAAAGCUUCUAGAGAAGAUUGAUGAAAUCGUCAAACAGAAUGAUGGCCAGCAUUAUGACAUUUCCAUUUACUUAAGAACUCCACUAAAGAGCAGAAAAGAAAAGAUAAAACAAGAGAAAGAAACGAAAGUGCAAGAGACAAAACAAGAGCAGAGAGAAAUAGUGCGGGAGACGAUUCACGUGCACAGUGUAAAGGAAAAUAGCACAACACAUUGUGUGACUGAAAAGAAAGAUACUUUUUCAAAAAUAGUGACAAAAAUUGAGAGAACAGAAUUAUAUGAAGACAGAUUCUCCAGAGUUCCACACGAAAACAGGAAUGAUGAAGAGGAGGCAUUGAAACAAUCAGUAAAAUCACAGAGAAACUCUUUUGAAAACAUGGGAGAAACAAAUACAGUCCAGAUCCCAGCAAAAUAUUGGGAAACAGGAAAAUGGGACCAGAAGAAACAAUAUACAGCAAGAGAACAACAUCCAACCCAAACAGUGUCACAGUCCAUACAGAACAGACAUAUGAAACUUGGAAAGCACACAGAUCUCAGGAUCGUGAUGGUGGGUAAAACUGGAGCUGGAAAGAGCGCGACAGGAAACACCAUCCUGGGACGUAAGGCGUUUAAAGAAGAAUUUUCUACUGAAUCUGUGACUGAGAAAUGCCAACCACAUCAACAGACGGUAGAAGGUCGAAACAUCUCAGUGAUCGACACUCCAGGACUGUGUGACACAUCAAUCAGUGAAGAUCAACUGAAGAAUGAAUUAGUGAAGUGUGUGGAGAUGUCUGUUCCUGGUCCACAUGCGUUUCUGCUGGUCAUGAGACUUGACGACAGAUUCACAAAGGAACAGAAACAAACAAUGAAAUGGAUUCAGGAGAACUUUGGAGAAGAAGCUACUCGUUACACCAUCGUUCUGUUCACUAGAGGAGAUCAGUUAAAAACACCUAUAGAGGAGUUUCUGACAAAAAACAAGCAAAUUAAUGAGCUAGUUAUAAAGUGUAAAGGCGGUUAUCAUGUGUUCAAUAACACAGAUGAAGAAAAUCGAUCACAGGUCACUGAACUGCUGGAGAAGAUAGAGAGAAUGGUGAAGGAGAACGGAGGAGAGCAUUACACAAAUGAGAUGUACAAGAAAGCUCAGAGGAAAAUAGAGAAAGUAGAGAAGAGGAAGAGAGAGGAAGAGGAGAGACGGAAGUUAGAGGAAGAAAAACAGAUAAGGAAUGAUGAAAGAAUGAAUAAUAUUAAAUUUGUGGCCUUACUGGGAACAGGAGCGGCAGUGUGUGCAGGAGCAGCAAUGACUGGAGGAACACUAAGUCCAGCUUUAAUCUCAGGAGCAGCAGCUGCUGGAGUAGCUGGAUUAUCUGGAAGACUGGCCUCUGCUGUUAAAGGAGAAACAGUAUCUAAAGCUUUAAAGGCAGGAGUCAUCGCUGCUGGAAAUACAGUACUGACCUCUGUUAACAGUGAAGCAUCACAACAAAAUCCCCAGAGUUAA